AUGUCAAAUGUCGUGGAUAAGUCGGAUUGGCGGGGCAAGAGGGUUGGUGGAAUGGGUGAAGUCGGGGAUGGCGAGUUGGGAGAGAGGAAAGAAGGGGUUCGUUUUUAA